CGGACGUUGUUUUUGGGAGCACACAUCUUGACAGCUGAUUUGAGUUGUGAAGACGUGUACUUUCUGUACCUAUUCAAACGCGUCUGCUGUCCUCUUUCGCUCACUUUUCUACAUUUAUUUGACGGCGUUUAUUAGCGGGUUUUGUUUUUAAAGAUGACGACAGUAGAGGAACUGAAGCUGCGGGUGAGAGAGCUGGAAAAUGAAUUGAUAAAGUGUAAGCAGAAGCAGUGCGCCAUGGAGGAUGCUCUUCACAGACCCAAAAUUGACAAAAUGAGCGCGGAAGUUGUCGAUUCCAACCCAUACAGUCGUCUAAUGGCUUUAAAGAGAAUGGGCAUCGUGGAUGAUUAUGAGAAAAUCCGGACAUUCACAGUAGCUGUUGUUGGUGUUGGUGGAGUUGGCAGUGUGACGGCUGAAAUGCUCACUAGAUGUGGCAUUGGUAAGCUGCUUCUCUUUGACUAUGAUAAAGUAGAGUUGGCAAAUAUGAACAGACUGUUCUUCCAGCCUCACCAGGCAGGCCUCAGCAAAGUAGAAGCAGCAGAACACACGCUCAGAAACAUCAACCCGGAUGUGUCAUUUGAGACUCACAACUACAACAUCACCACCAUGGAAAAUUUCACACAUUUUAUGGAUCGAAUCAGUCAUGGAGGGUUGGAAGAAGGGACACCAGUGGAUUUGAUCCUGAGCUGCGUGGACAACUUUGAGGCCAGAAUGGCCAUCAAUACUGCAUGUAAUGAACUAGGUCAGAUCUGGAUGGAGUCUGGGGUCAGUGAGAACGCAGUAUCAGGACACAUCCAGCUCAUCAUUCCUGGAGAGACUGCCUGCUUUGCUUGUGCUCCCCCCUUGGUGGUAGCAGCUAACAUUGAUGAGAAGACCUUAAAGAGAGAGGGUGUGUGUGCUGCCAGCUUACCAACAACCAUGGGUGUGGUCGCAGGAAUCCUGGUCCAAAACGUCCUCAAGUAUCUGUUGAAGUUCGGUACCGUCAGUCAUUACCUUGGCUACAAUGCCAUGCAGGACUUCUUUCCCACCAUGGCCAUGAAAGCCAACCCCCAGUGUAACGACCGUUACUGCAGGAGGCAACAGGAGGAAUACAAGAAGAAAGAAGCGGAGCGACCGAAGGUGGAAGUCGUAGUGGAAGAGGAGGUUGUUGUACAUGAGGACAAUGAGUGGGGGAUUGAACUAGUAUCUGAGGUGACUGAUGCAGAGUUAAAGGCUGCUACAGGCACUGUACCCGACCUACCAGAAGGCAUCACUGUGGCCUACACCAUUCCUGCUGAGAACACAGCAAGUGGAGAUAUGGUGGAAGAGACGGAGCAGAGUUUAGAAGACCUGAUGGCUCAGAUGAGAAAGUUAUAGACGAUGAAUUUCUACUAUUCACAUAAAAAAGCCUUUUCCUCAUAUGCAUUUUCAUCGCUUCCUUUAGAAAAUAAUUGUAAUGGUGGCUGCUAGGGGCCAAAAAAGGCAGAAUUAAUUCCUUCUAACGGCUACAAAUGAGGAAUGCAUGAAAGUAACGCUGAUGGCAUUAUUGUAGAAACCAUAAAAAUGUCUUUGCAUUUCAUUGUGUCACAAGCUUUUGUGUGUACAGUACAGAAAAGUCACAAAUUCAAAGUCCACAAGAGUUAUAUCUUUGUUAGUACAUUAAAAUCAUUGUAUUUUCUGCAUUUUUGGUUAGUGGAUGUACAGUUACGUGCCCUGUCACUCCGCUUUAAGAAAACAUCUGCUACUACAACAGUACUAAUGUAAUUUUUCUCAAUAAAGUAUUUAUUGGAUGGAACGCAA